AUGUCUAUCACUGUUGGCAUCGCAGGUAUCACCGGCAAAUUUGCCAAGAGACUUGUUUCCCAUUUGUUGAAGCAAGAUGGUGUCUCCAUCCGUGGAUACUGCCGUGACCCCAGCAAGGUCCCAGAGGCCAUUUCUUCAUCACCCCAAGUGACUAUCUUCAAAGGCGAUGCCCUCGACAACGAGGCAAUCCGCACUUUUGUCACUGGCUCUGACGUGGUGGUCUGCUGCUAUCUUGGAGACGACACAUUGAUGGUCGACGGACAAAAGGCAUUGAUCGAUUCGUGCGAAGAAUCCCAGGUCCCUCGUUAUGUGGCUAGUGAUUGGGCGCUGGACUACACGAAGCUCAAGCUCGGCGAGUUAUUCCCCAAGGACCCCAUGAUUCAUGUCAAGGCCUACCUUGACACCAAGAAGGUUCAGGGGGUUCACAUCCAUGUUGGUGGUUUCAUGGAACCCAUCUUCAGCUCCUUUUUCAACAUCUUCGAUCCUUCGACCAAUACUUUCCGCUACUGGGGAGAUGGUAGUGAGAUCAUGGAAGGCACCACCUAUGAGAACGCUGCGGAAUUUACUGCUGCAGUGGUUGUGGACCCCAAGGCUACUGGUAUCAUUCGAUUCCUUGGUGGCCGCUCUACAAUCCAGGAAAUUGCCCAAUCAUUUGCAAAGGUCCAUGGCAUUAAGCCCACUCUUGAGAGCCGUGGUUCCCUGGAGGAACUAUAUAAGACCAUGCAUGACAAGCGGGAGAAGAACCCCGCAGAUAUCUACGGUUAUAUGUCACUCUUCUUCUAUUACUAUUGGAUCAAUGGUCAGACCUUUGUAGGUACGGAUUUGGACAAUGCCAAGUACCCUAGUGUGCAGGCGAUUAGCUGGGAAGACUUCAUCCGCCAGUGGCCAUUGGAACAGCUGCCAAAUGCCUACUUUUCACUUAGUGCAUAG